AGCAAAAUCGAAUAGUUACUAAUGAUUUAAAAUCUCCGGAAUAUUCCACUCCAUUACCUAACAAGAGUUGCUCAAAUGGUGAAAAUGCGCAGUUUAAAGAUUCUUCAACUCGCCACGAAGCAGAUCAAUCCAUGACUAGCACUGAUUUAGUAACUUCAGACACUUCAGAACAGGUAGUUAACACAAUUUCCGAUACAUCUAACCUUAAUGAAACUUGCUCCGGAAAAUCUAAAUCAUUAGAAGAUAAAGAAAUUGAUGCCUUUUUAGAUUCGGAAAAUAAGAAAAGGGUUAGUAAUGAGAUAAGACAGAUGAAUAUGGAAAAAAAGCUAUUACAUAGUAAUGAAGCUUCCGCUUCUCAGGAUCAAGACCUAUCUUUA